UUAUUUCUCCUCUUAAGUAAUGCCUUACCUAAUUUGAAGAUCUAAGAGAGCUUUCUGUUUGCACAAGGCACAAGAGAAAAUGGAAGAAGAUGCGAUUUUACAACGUGAAACACAGAGGGCAGAAGUUGAAACACAUGCUACUCCUGAGAUCGGUCGGCGGAUAUCAGUUAGUGAGUUCCUCUGCCACUGCUGCUAUGACAUUCUGGUCAAUCCCACCACCCUGAACUGUGGGCAUAGUUUCUGUAGACAUUGCCUAGCCUUGUGGUGGGUAUCGUCCAAGAAGAAUGAAUGCCCCGAAUGCAGGGAAAAAUGGGAAGGCUUCCCCAAAGUCAACAUUGUUCUCAGGGAUGUUAUUGAAAAGCUAUUUUCUGAUGCCAUUGAACAAAGAAAAGAAGAUAUUCAACAAAACAGUGAUGUAACACGCAGCUUAGCAACCUUCCAAAAAUAUGGGAAUGACCAGAUUCCUACAGUUCCGAACACAGGAAGAAUUAAUCCUCGAGGAGGAGGGUUUUUCUCAGGCGUUCUGACAGCUUUAACUUGUGUAGCAGUAGUUCUACUUGGAUAUCACUGGAGUAACAGAGAAUUUGAAGAAGAUCUUCUUGUCUACAAGCCUGUUGCUAAAUGGACUGCAGAAGAAGUGAGACUUUGGCUAGAGCAGCUGGGCCCAUGGGCUUCACGUUAUAAAGAAAGAUUUUUACUGGAGAAGGUGAAUGGAAGACUUCUUAUAACACUGACAGAGGAGGAUUUCAUGAAAGAGCCUUACAGUAUAGAGAACAGUAACCAUAGAAAAGCUAUUAUGGUGGAACUGGAACGUGUGAAAACUUUAGGUGUUAAACCACCACAGAACCUUUGGGAAUAUAAGGCAGUAAAUCCGGGAAAAUCACUCUUUCUUCUGUAUGCACUGAAGAGUUCUCCGAGACUCAGCAUGUUAUACCUAUAUUUGUUUGAUUAUGCAGAAGCUUUCCUACCUUUCAUCCACACAAUCUGCCCUACUCAAGAAGACAAGUAUGAAGAUAUUGUCACAAAACUACUAGACCUUAAAGAUCCUACUAGGAAACAGUGGAGAGAAUUCAUCGUAAAGUAUUUAUUUUUGCCAUACCAGUUAAUAGCUGAAUUUGCUUGGGAUUGGCUGGAUAUGCACUACUGGACAUCUAGAUUUAUAAUUGUAAAUGCCAUGUUGCUCUCUGUUCUGGAAUUAUUCUCCUUUUGGAGGCUCUGGUCAAGAAGAGAAUUGAAGACUAUUCCGCACAGAAUGUGGAGACAUUUCUGGAAAGUCUCAACCCAGGGCCUUUUUGUUGCCAUUUUUUGGCCUUUUAUUCCUCAGUUCAUCUGCAAUUGUUUGUUUUACUGGGCCUUGUACUUUAACCCAAUUAUAAACAUUGAUCUUGUGGUUAAAGAAGUAAGGCAUCUGGAGACACAAGUGCAGUAACCGGCAUUGGAACUUUUGAGCUGUUUAGCUUCUGAAACUGGACAUUUGAAAUAAAUUUUGCUUUUCUUCUUUAUAUAUGUGGCAAUGAAA